AUGAGAAAGAGGCUGAGCGCCCUCGUCGCCAGCGAACCUCUUGAGGUUUGGGCUGUCGCCUGCUCCGUCGGACUGGAAGAGUUAGCGCAACAAGCGGCCAAGUUAGUAAAGAAGCCCAUCCCGGGAGAAAAGCUACCUGGCGUGUUCAAAGAAGUGACCGCUGGAGCGUAUUUCAGGCUUAUAAAGGUCUAUCGCAUACACCGACGUGUCCCGUCGACCUUCAAGUUCUGCGAGCCGAGUCCAGAACAUGCCAAGCAAGGUCUUGGUCCCAAGGGGCCUCACUAUUCCACCGCUUCCCCCAAGUUCACCGAGCGGCCCUUUGUGGAUCUCGUUUGUCGCGCCGCAGAUGGAGUGGAGUUUCGGACGCAUAAGAUCAUCCUCGCGGCCUCUUCGCCGUCUUUGCGCCAGCGCAUCCUCAGACUUCCUGCCACCGGGAUCUCCGAUGGUGAUCUCACGUUGCCUGUCCUCGCAUUGGACAGCAGCAGCGAAGACCUAGAGACCAUUUUAGAGCUCCUCUACCCCGGAAGCGUGUCCGUACAUGCUAAGGCGAACGCGCUUCAUCUUCCUCCCGGCCGUUUGCUUCAGCUGGCACAAUGUGCCCGCAAGUACAAGAUUUCUUUCGUCGACGACGCGAUCCUCACCCAAUGGAUCAAGACAGCAAGUUACGAGCCCAUGCUGGCCUUCUUGCUAGCGACGCGUCUCGGGUUAACAAGAUAUUGCCAGGUGGCUGAGAAGGCCCUCCAGAGGAAGCCCCGUUCCAACGAUCAUUGGGUACCGGAGAUGGAAUCUAUGCCUGCGUCAGCGUACCAUACUGCACGGAGGCUGUUUCAGACUUCCGUAUUCUCGGACUCAGACGAUGAUAUAUUUGGCGAGUACGAUGACAAAUUCAAGCGGGACGACAUAAACGACUACUCAUCCGACCCCUACGAUGAUGUGCUCACCUCAGACGAUGAUGUGUUGCUACUCCCCCCUCGCAAAAGGCGUGCGUUAUAA